GUCAGGGUGACAGAGGAGACGCCCCGCAGGAAGCACUUCUCUCCUUCCUCCCUGCCGGCCCCCUGCUUUCCUCCACUCUCCCCUCGUUUCUCCUGUCUGGGGGUCUUCCAGGACCCAGGUGUGUUUCGGGGGCUGUGCACGGGGAGUCGCCCCCCGGUUUCCUCGGCCAUGCGUUUGGAGGGCAGUCAGGGGAUCUAGGCCACAUAACGCAGGAUUAUCAGCUGACAGCCAGAGGAACGGUGUCACCAUGGCUAAAGUAGCGCCACUAAUCCCUCGCCACGCAUCCGGGCUAAAUCCCCCCACCAUCGUGCUCCAGGACACGGAGGAGGAGGAGCCAGGUGACGUCACAGAGGGGCUCAGAAGAACCCAGAGGUGUGGACCAGGAGCGCUGUUCAACGUCAACAACAGCAACAACAACGAGGAGGAGGAGGAGGAGGAGGAGAAGCAGAGGAAAAAGAAGGAGAAGAAAGAGAAAAAGGAGAAGAGAGAAAAAGAGAAGCAGGAGAAACGGGAGAGGAAGGAGCAGAAGCAGAAGGAGAAGGAGGAGAAGGAGAAGGAGAAGCAGAAGGAAAAGGAGAAGCUGGAAAAAGAGAAGAAGGCCAAGGAGGAGGCGGCUAAAGAGAUCACAGUGAUCGACCCGGCCGGGAACACUUACUACUACUGGCUGCUCAUCAUCACCAUCCCUGUCAUGUACAACUGGACCCUGAUCAUAGCCAGGGCCUGCUUUGAGGAGCUGCAGACCGACUAUCUGGUCAUGUGGUUCAUUGUGGACUUUAUCUGUGACGUCAUCUAUGUUCUGGACAUGAUUUUCAGAACCAGGACAGGUUACCUGGAGCAGGGUUUGCUGGUCAAAGACGAGCAGAAACUACGCGAGCGUUACAUGAAAACCUUACAGUUCAAGCUGGAUAUGGUCUCCAUGAUUCCCACCGACAUCAUGUACCUCGUUCUUGGUGUCACUUACCCUGAGAUCCGCCUCAACAAGCUACUAAGAUUCAACAGGAUGAUGGAGUUCUUUCAGCGGACUGAGACCAGAACAAAUUACCCCAAUGCGCUGCGUAUCUCCAACCUUGUGAUGUACAUCCUCAUCAUCAUCCACUGGAACGCCUGCCUCUACUACUCCUUCUCCAAGGCGAUUGGUUUUGGUUCUGACAGGUUUGUGUAUCCGGACCCGGCGGAUCCAGAGUUUGGUCGUCUGGUCCGGAAGUACGCCUACAGUAUGUACUGGUCCACGCUAACGCUCACCACCAUUGGAGAAACGCCGCCCCCUGUGGAGAACUCGGAGUACUUCUUCGUUGUGACGGACUUCCUGGUGGGUGUGCUGAUCUUUGCCACCAUCGUCGGUAACGUCGGCUCGAUGAUCACCAACAUGAACGCCGCCAGGGCCGACUUCCAGGCCCGCAUCGACGCCAUCAAACAGUACAUGAGCUUCCGAAAGGUCACCAAAGACCUGGAGAAGCGAGUGAUCAAGUGGUUUGACUUCCUGUGGACCAACAAGAAAGCUGUGGACGAGAGGGAGGUUCUGAAGUACCUACCGGACAAACUGAGAGCAGAGAUCGCCAUCAACGUGCACCUGGACACCCUGAAGAAGGUCCGGAUCUUUGCGGACUGCGAGGCCGGCCUGCUGGUGGAGUUGGUGCUGAAGCUGCAGCCGCAGGUCUUCAGUCCAGGAGACUACAUCUGCAAGAAGGGUGACAUCGGCAGAGAGAUGUACAUCAUCAAGGAGGGAAAGCUGGCUGUGGUCGCUGAUGACGGCGUCACGCAGUUCGUUGUCCUGAGCGAGGGAAGUUACUUCGGGGAGAUCAGCAUCCUGGCCAUCAAAGGAAGUAAGGCAGGAAACAGGAGGACGGCGAACAUCAGGAGCAUCGGGUACUCCGACCUCUUCUGCCUUUCCAAAGACGACCUGAUGGAGGCGCUGACGGAGUAUCCUGACGCCAAAGCGCUGCUGGAGGAGAAGGGGCGCCAGAUCCUGAUGAAGGACGGACUGCUGGAUCUGGAGGUGGCAGCGCAGGGCCCGGACCCCAAGGAGAUCGAGGAGAAGGUGGACCGCAUGACGAGCAACCUGGACACGCUGCAGACGCAGUACGCCCGGCUGCUGGCGGAGCACGAAGCCACCCACAGCAAGCUCAAACACAGGGUCACCCGCCUGGAGAAGAAGCUGGCCCCGCCCAGGGAGGACGCACCUGGAGAUGCCCCGCCCCCUCCCACACCCGAGACCACCAAAGAAGAGGAGAAGAAGUAGGAGGAAGACGGCAGGGACUGAGGACCGGGGAGUUUUAGUUUGAGGCAAGCAGAUAGAAGGACUUCAAGAAGACGAGAAGUGAAAUAAAUUCACAAACCCAGCAAGAUUCAAGUUAAACGUUUAAAAUCCCAAAGUUUUUAAUUUUGGAUCCUUAGAUUUACAUUGAUGUGAGUUCAUGACGGUUCUCUGAGGAAUGUUGGAACAGAGACUCUGGAGACGGCUCGGCGGGCCCCCGGGGGACGGUUUCAUGUAGUCUUUUUACGUCAUAAACUGUAUUAUUGUGUAACAUAUGUUGGAUAAUGAAUGGCUGCAGGCUUGUCUGACCGUAGAGACACUCUUCAUGCUGAGACCUGAUUCUUAGUCAGUCUGAGGGUGAAGGAACCGCUGGAGCCCUUCGUCCAGCGCCAUAGUGACAUCGUUUCCACCAACGUCCGUUUGCUCCAGACGUGCUUUAGCUUCUGUUUACCGGCUGCAACCCAGAACCUCUGGCAGGACGGUCCACUAGAUGGACUCAGAGCCAGUGGUUCUGCGCUUUAAAUGAUGCUUGUUAAAGAUGCUCGGCAGAACCAGUGGAUGAAAAUGAUGGAGGCUGAAAUAAAUCUAUUUUCUAA